AUGUGGUCCCCCGCAUGGUCUCUCGUGACCGUCAGCUUCUUCGUACACGCCGUAGACGGGUCACCUCGCAACGAGCACAGGGCAUCAUCUACUAGCUCAGUCAUUGAGAUUGCUGGUGGGCGCUCGUUUACCGUUCCUCCCGGAUACACGCCGACGGCUGCCGUCCCGCUGCCCAAGUACAUGGUGGACAACCAACACAACUACUUCCACGCAGCUCCAGACAACUCGUACUGGCUGGCCAACAUGGGACAUGGUUCUUUUCCCUACGCACCUUCAGGCUACCCGGUUUGGCGCAAUGUCAGGGACUACGGCGCCAGAGGAGAUGGCGUAACAGACGACACGCAGGCCAUCAUGAGAGCGGUGGAGGACGGUGGCCGCUGCGGGCUGCUCUGCGGGUCUACGAGCGUCCUCGGCGGCGUGGUGUUCUUCCCGGCGGGCACAUACAUGGUCUCGUCGCCCAUCAUCCAGUACUACUUCACGCAGUUCAUCGGCGACCCGACGAACAAGCCGACCAUCAAGGGCCUGCCCACGUUCCAGGGCAUCGCGCUCAUCGACACGGACGUGUACAUCCCCGGCGGCAACGGAAGCCAGUGGUACGUCAACCAGAACCAGUUCUUCCGGCAGGUGCGCAACUUCGUCAUCGACCUCACGGCCAUGCCCAACGAGAACACGUCGGGCGAGCAGACGUACGUGCCGACGGGCAUCCACUGGCAGGUGGCCCAGUCGACGUCGCUGCAGAACAUCGACUUUGUGAUGCCGCUCGGCGGCGGCACCACGGCGGUCGGCAUCUUCGCCGAGAACGGGUCGGGCGGGUUCAUGAGCGACCUGACCUUCUUCGGCGGCAACAUCGCCAUGCGCGUCGGCAGCCAGCAGUUCACGGCGCGGGCCAUCACCAUCACGCUGCCGGCCACGGCCGUGUCCAUGAUCUGGGACUGGGGCUGGACGUGGCAGGACAUCACCGUCGACGCGGCCUUCGUCGCCUUCGACUGCACCAACUUCGGCGGCGACGGCGCGCAGGGCACCGGCAGCCUGACCGUGGUCGACUCGCACUUCAUCUCGGUGCCCUUCGCGAUCCCGGUCGCGCGCGACAUUGACAAGCGGCCGGCCAUCACGCUCGACAACCUGCGCAUCGAGGGCAACACGCCGUCCGUCGUGCUGGUCAGCGGCGGCGAGACCAUUCUCGAGGGCGUCACGGGCGGGGGAUCGGCCACCAUCCGGUCACGGGUCCGGCUCCAGCGUCACGGGCCACAUCGACCCGCCCCCGGCCAAGCCGGCGGUGCUGCUGGACGGGGCGGCGGCGGCGGGUCGGGCAAGUUCUUCACGCGCUCCAAACCGCAGUACGAGACGCUCGCGGCCGGGUCGUUCGUCAGCGUGGCCGACUUCGGCGCGGCGAGCCCCGGCAGCGCCGCCAUGUGGGACUCGCACGUUCGCAUCGGCGGGACGGUUGGGUCCGAGUUGCAGUUUGCCGACUGUCCGGCUGGUGCCACGGCCGACGCCAACUGCUUCGCUGCCUCGCUGAUGAUGCAUAUCACGUCCGGCGCGUCGGGCUACUUUGAGAACUGCUGGGUGUGGACGGCCGACCACGAUCUGGACAUUCCCUCCCAGGACCGCAUCAAUGUGUUGGUUGGCCGCGGCCUGCUGGUCGAAGACAUCGACGGACCCAUAUGGCUCUGGGGCGGCGCUGUCGAGCAUGCCGCGCUGUGCCAGUACAACUUCUACCGGGCGUCCAACGUCUUUGCCGGCCACAUCCAAACCGAGUUGCCAUACUACCAGCCGACGCCCGCCGCCACCGACGUGUUCCCCCUGGGCGUCUACGCCAGCGACCCGGACUUCGCCGACUGCAACCCGAUGGACGAGAGCUGUCUGUAUUCGUGGGCGGUCAUGAUCAACAACUCGUCCGACGUGCUCAUCUACGGCGCCGGGCUGUACAGCUGGUUCGACAGCUACACGCAGGAGUGUCUUGUCCCCGAGGACUGCCAGACUCGCCUGAUGCAGACCUCGAACUCGCGGCGGGUGUGGAUGUUCAGCCAGUAUACCAAGGGCGCGACCGAGGCGGUCUCGCCGCUCGGGGGCAUCAGCCCGGCAUUGCAGCGCGACAACCGCAACGGCUUCCUGACCGCCAUCAGCGCGUGGCUCGCCCUGUCCUCCUCCGACGCCGCCCAGCGCGGCGGCUAUGCGAGUGUGAGCGACCAUCCCACGCCGGACAAAGUGCUGCCCGUGCCCGACCUCGCAUCGGCAUGCGGCAACGUUCAGGCCGGCCAGACCAUGACGCUGUCCGCAGCAUGCGCCAGCGCCAUCCGGGCGGCCCUCCCCACUUCGGGCGCGAACAACCAACCGCCGGGGCCGUCCAACUGCCAGGAGACGUGCAACUUGUAUCGCAGGGUCACGGGAACAUGCUGCGGAGCCGGCGGGUCGGCCGGGUUCGGCAUCGAGAUCCCACCGGGCCAGGAACUGCCGGCCCCGCUGCCCAUCCCGGCUGGCUUCCGCCCGGGCUUGUCGGCGACUCUCGUACGGCGGCGGCGGCGACAACGACGUCGACAACGACGUCGACAUCUGGCUGCCGCUCUUCUGGAUCCCCAUCCCGCUUCUCCCCGGUGCACCACGCUCCCACUCCCCCCGCCCCCGCCGUUGCUCUUCCCGCCGCCGGUCGACGUGCCCGACGACGAUCCCGCCGGCUGGCUGUUUGUCAGCAGCGAGCUGGAUGUCGACGGCUGGGGCAACGAGUCUCCUCCUCCUACCUCCACCAACCCCCCGACCACCACGCCGCCCGCGCCACCACCGCUGGGCAUCACGCUGUUCUGGGUCAACCAGAUCGCCAACGGCCAGAGCGCGACGAGCUACACCAUGCAGCUGCGCACUACCCCGUGCGACCGCGUCCCGAACACGCUCUUUGUGCAGCAGAUACGCGACGUGCCCGGGGGCAACAACCCGCCGGUCCCGGUCGGUAGUUUUGGCUUUCGUCUGCCGUCGGGGACCUGUUCCUGGGAGAAUGGCGACCCGGCGGGGCCCGGGAAUGUGAUUUGUACCGAAGGCGCCGGCACGGCUGUCAGGUAUUCGUGUGCCAGGGCGCCGAGCGGCGAGCAGCGCACUUGUGGUGUGACGGGUGUGUUGGCCACGCGCUAUGUGGCGCUGGUGGAAGGGUGGGGAUGGUUCCGCGAGCUCAUCGUUUUUCUUUAG